AUGGCUCUCCUAGACCUUGGCAGCAUCUCAGUUGUUGUUCCCAAGGCCAUAGUGAAUGCCAUGACAGGCAGUAAGACCAUAUCCCUGACAGAGUGUGCUGCAAAGAUUUUCCUAUAUACACUUUUUGCAGUGGUGGAGAUUGCCCUCCUGGUGAUCAUGUCCUAUGACUGUUACAUAGCCAUUUCCCACCCACUGCACUAUGGGCUUAUCAUCACUCCGAGUCUGUGCUCCCAGGCCACAGUUGGCUCCUGGGCCUCUGGUCUGGUCUACUCUGCUGUCCACACAGGAUCUCUGUUCAGGCUUCCAUUCACCAAGACCAAUGUGAUCCAGCAACAUUUCUGUGAAAUUCCUCAAAUUCUGAGGAUUUCAUCUUCAGAUGUCCAGUUUUCUGAAUUUGUACCUCUUGCUUUAAGCGUUUGCAUUGUCUCAGUGUGUUUUGCCUUUAUGUUAGUGUCAUAUGUUAAUAUAUUUUCAACUGUUCUUAAGACCUGUUCUGUGGAAUCCCGUAAUAAAGCCAUGUCCACCUGUACCCCACAGCUGACCAUUCUCCAUUUGUUUCUUAUCUAUGGGUCAGUGGCUGUCUUAGGUCCCAUUGCAAAGAAACCAUCCCUUAAGAAUCUGCUGACUGUCAUGUUCUACACCACGGUGCCCCCAUUUGCGAACCCCAUCUUCUACUGUCUAUGCAACAGGAAGAUCAGUGCUGCUCUGCAAAGAAUGUUCAAGAGAUUCCCUGACCAUUCAGUGAAAAAUUUCUUGACCAAAACCCAAACCUCAUCUAUCUUUGCAAAGUAG